AGCAACUGGUCAUGGUGGAACUAUCAGGAAUUAUUGAUUCAGACUUCUUAGAAAAAUGUGAAAACAAAUGCAAGAUUUUGGGAAUAGAGACAGAGAGGCCCAUUUUACAAGUGGACAGAUAUGUAUUUGCAGGAGAAUAUGAAGAUACCUUGGGAACCUGUGUGGUUUUUGAAGAAAACACAGAGCAUGAUGCAGAAGGCAACCAAAAAGUACAGCUGAAAUACAAGUGCCACACAAUGAAGAAGUUGAACAUGACACGGACACUUUUGACAGAAAAGAAGGAAGGAGAAGAGAAUGUUGGUGGAGUGGAGUGGUUACAGAUCAAGGACAGAGAUUUUUCCUACAGCAGGCCUAAUACGAUUUGCAGCUUUCUGCGUGAAAAAGAAGAUUCUGAGGAGUCAGCUCAGGCCCAAGACAAACUGACUGAGGAGUCAGAGGGAAAGGUGAGUGGCAGAGGAAAUUCUGACAUGAAUUGUGAUCUGGAGAAGCAGCACAGCUUGGAAAUAGAUGCCUCUAUUCCUCUGCCUGACAGCCCUGCUUCUGGGGCAGAGGAUUCUCCUUCUGGAAGUGUUGCCUUAGACGAUGCCCCUCCAUGAUAUCAGCUGUGAUCUUUUCAGGAUUUCUUCAUGGAAUUAAUGGGCCAACUUUUAAAUGCCAACUUCUAUAGGCCGUGACAUGCUUUCCAAUUUGUCUGAGCAAUUAAUAGUGGAAAAAUGGACAUUGUGUUCUUGUGCAUUGCUUUUAUGUUUGGAUUAUAGUGGGGAGGGCUUAAGUGUUUUUUAAAAAUGCUGAUUGGAAAUGUGUGUAUCUCUACC